AUGGAGGGAAAUUUACAGAAAACGACCCAGUUAGCUCGAGAACUAACACGGAUACUCAACAGCUACAACAAGCACUCCAUACAGUUGAAAAAGAACCUGAAAGAGACUGAUAUAUUCUUCCGGGAAAUAAAACAGAAUUACAGCAAUGCUUGUGCAUCAGCCAUAAGCUCGGACGCAGCCUCUCUGGAGGCAGGCCAACUUAGCUGCAUCUCUUUCCCCAGCCAUGAGGAAGAGUUCUUACGCAACACGGUGGGUGCUGCCCCUUACAUCCUGGUGCUGGGACAGGACUGUGCUGCCCGCUAUCAGCUGCUCAACUGCCUCCUGGGGGAGAGGCUGCUACCACUGGGCCCUGAGGCUGGGGAGGCUUGUGAAGGGGUCCAGGGCAUUGUGUGCAAGAGGAGGAAGUUGUGCUUCACCCAUGGGAGACAGACACGGCUCAGCCUGGCGCUGCCUGGCCAGUAUGAGCUGGUCCACCAGUUGGCGGCUAACUGUGGCCGCUGGGACACAGUGCCCCGGGAGGACCUGGAGAUCCACGAGGAGUGUGAAGACCCGGCCCACAGGCUGGCAGAACUGGAGAUUACCCUGCACCACCCUCUGCUACAGGAAGUUAAGAUCAUGGUGGUGCCUUGUCCAAGUGUCCAGCCCAUAGAGGAGGCCUUGGAUGACUGUACUCGCAACGUGAUCCCCAUCAUACUCUACGCCCUCAACCAGGACUCCCUCAGUACAGAGCAAGUGGCUGAGCUCCGCAAGGUCAGGCAGAUGCUCUCCUUUCCCAUCUGCUUUAUCCGUAUCCCUGCCACCAUGCCAGAGGCCUCCCCAGAGCCUGGCCGCAGGGCAGAGAGGGAGAAGGAGAAGGAGAAAGAGAAAGAGAAAGAACGGGAGAAGAGCACCCUCCACAAGCAGCUGCUCUCCCUUGGCUUCCUAAGUGGCACGGUGGGGAACUGCCCCUGUGGUGCCCCUGCACAGACACCCAGCCCCGGGUCCAAGCCCCAGAACAUGCUGGUUGAGGCCUUAGAGAGACUGCACCGGCCGCUGGUGCCCUUUGUUCGCCAGGUGCUUCAUUACCAGCAGGUGGAUGCUGCCAACCUGCUGAAUGGGAUUCACUGUCGCUGUCUAGAUCUUUUCAUCAACCAGGCUUUUGACAUGCAGAGGGACCUGCAGAUAACACCCCGCAGGCUCGAGUACACACGGGAAAAAGAGGUUGAGCUGUUCGCCUCCCUGAUGGCGAUUGCCAACCGCAAGCAGGAGGAAAUGAAGGAGAUGAUUGUGGAGACACUCAGCAGCAUGAAAGAGCAGUUGUUGGAGGAUGCUGCCAACCUGGAGUUCACAGACAUCAUUGUGACAACUAACGGAGAGCCUGUUACCUCAAAAGAGAUCAAAUCUUGCAUCCAUCAGAUACAGGAGCUAAUAGUGGUUCGUUUGAACCAGGCAGUUGCAAAUAAGCUGAUCAGCUCUGUGGACUAUUUGAGGGAGAGCUUCGUAGGAACCCUGGAGCGAUGUCUCAGCAGUCUGGAGAAGUCUAACAUGGACUUCUCCGUCCAUAAUGUCACUUCCAAUCACCUCAAACAGAUAUUAAACGCUGCCUAUCAUGUGGAAGUGACCUUUCAUUCAGGAUCGUCUGUCACACGACUCGUCUGGGAGCAGAUCAAACAGAUAAUCCAGAGGAUUACAUUUGUGAAUCCUCCUGCCAUCACUCCAGAGUGGAAGAGGAAGGUUGCCCAGGACGCCAUAGAAAGUCUCAGUGCUGCCAAACUGGCCAGGAGCAUCUGCUCCCAGUUCAGAACACGCCUCAACAGCUCCCAUGAUGCCUUCGCAGCUUCCCUCCGUCAGCUGGAGGAGGGGCACACAGGGCGGUUGGAGCGCACAGAGGACCUGUGGCUGCGUGUGAGGAAGGACCACGCCCCUCGCCUGGCCCGCCUGUCGCUGGAGAGCCGCUCCCUCAGGGAUGUGCUGCUGCACGGCAAGCCCAAGCUUGGCCGAGAGCUGGGCCGGGGCCAAUACGGAGUGGUGUACUUGUGUGACAGUUGGGGGGGACGCUAUCCCUGCGCCUUAAAAUCGGUGGUGCCGCCUGAUGAUAAACACUGGAAUGACCUGGCUUUGGAGUUUCACUAUACAAGGUCCCUGCCUAAACACGAGCGCUUGGUGGACCUGCAUGGCUCUGUGAUCGAUCACACCUACGGAGGCGGUUCCAGCAUUGCCGUGCUGCUUAUAAUGGAGCGACUGCACCGAGACCUCUACACAGGCCUGAAGGCGGGUUUAUCACUGAGGGAGAGACUUCAGAUCGCUCUGGAUGUGGUGGAGGGGAUCCGCUUCCUGCACAGUCAGGGCCUCUUGCACAGAGACAUAAAGCUAAAGAAUGUUUUGUUGGAUAAACAGAAUCGCGCAAAGAUCACAGAUUUGGGCUUCUGUAAACCAGAAGCUAUGAUGUCGGGCAGCAUCGUUGGAACGCCCAUCCACAUGGCCCCAGAGUUGUUUACAGGAAAGUACGAUAACUCCGUCGAUGUCUAUGCCUUUGGGAUCCUGUUCUGGUAUCUCUGUACUGGAUCAGUAAAACUCCCAGAAGCCUUUGAGAAAUGCUCUAGCAAGGACCAGCUCUGGAACAACGUCAAAAAAGGUGCCAGGCCGGAGCGGUUGCCCAGUUUCGAUGAGGAAUGCUGGCAGCUGAUGGAGGCCUGCUGGAACGGCGACCCUUCCCAGAGGCCCCUCCUCGGCAUCGUCGAGCCCAGCCUGCAAAGCAUCAUGGUCCGGCUCUGCAAUUGCAGCUCUGAUCAGAAAAGCAGCAGCCUUGAGGACUCAAACUGAAACACUCCAGUACACUCCACGUAGCACGCACUUGCUCAGUACUCCGAUCAGAAACAUAUGUUUGUUGUAUUUAUAUUAAAAAAAAAAAAAAAAAAACUGAGCUGAAGACCAAGGACAGGUGUAACCAAUUCUGCCCCAGGUGUUCUCCA